AUGAAGCUCUCCACUCUCCUUGUCCCCAGCAUGCUCCUCGCCGGUGCCAUCGCUGGCCCCACCCCCAAGAAGCGCGACCUCGAAGAUUACGAAGAGAUCCUCGACGUGGCCAUCGCCCAGAUCGACGUCGCAGCCGCCGACCUCAACGGCUACAUCGCCGGAACCGUCCCAGGAACCACCGUUCAAGCCUCCGCCGAGGUGCUCGUGGAUCUCCUCAACGAUGCCGCGACCGCCGUCGCGACCUUCGACCCGCUGACCGUCCUCGAGACCUUCCAGCUCAUCUCGCGCGUUACGAGCCUUGUCAACGACGUUGACGACUUGGCUGAUACUAUCAUCGACGCGGAGGACGAGUUUAUCGCUGAUGGAUUGAACGACGAGGUCCUUGCUACCCUCUACGACUUUAGGGAUGCCGGCGAGGCGCUGCGGGAUGCGCUUACUCCCAAGGUUCCUGCUGGACUUCAGUCGACUGCCAAUGCUCUUGCGGAUCAGGUUGUUGCGGACCUCGAGCGGGUCAUUACUGCUUAUACUGACUGA